CACGCCUCACGUCCUCUCUCCUUUUUAUCUAACGCUGUGACGUCAGCGGUGCGCUGCUUUUGGAGGGCUUGUGAGAGGAAGCGGCGCUGCACUGCACACAUAGUGGGCUGAGCGCGUGCACGUCGGUUCUACUCAUCUCAUCUCCGCCGUUCAGCUACGCGAUAUUUGACCGUAACAAGAUGCCCCUGGGUGAAGAUGGACACUCGUGGAAGAAAAAGACAUCUGACAUCAAGGAGAUCUAUGACUUCAAGGAUGUGCUGGGGACUGGUGCGUUCUCCGAGGUCGUCCUAGCCGAGGAAAAGCGAACAUUGAAGCUGGUGGCAAUAAAGUGUAUUCCGAAGAAAGCGCUAGAAGGGAAAGAGAACAGCAUUGAAAAUGAAAUCGCCGUUCUUCACAAGAUUAAACACGCCAACAUUGUUUCAUUGGAGGACAUCUAUGAGAACAAAUCAUACCUCUACCUCGUCAUGCAGCUGGUGUCUGGCGGCGAGCUCUUUGACAGGAUUGUUGAAAAAGGUUUUUACACGGAGAAAGAUGCCAGCAAGCUCAUCCAGCAGAUCCUGGAUGCCGUGAAGUAUCUUCAUGACAUGGGCAUAGUGCAUCGAGACCUGAAGCCAGAGAACCUGCUAUAUUACAGCAUGGACGAGGACUCGAAGAUCAUGAUCAGCGAUUUCGGCUUGUCGAAGAUCGAGGGCUCGGGGAUAGUCAUGAGCACGGCAUGCGGCACUCCUGGAUAUGUCGCUCCAGAGGUUUUGGCACAGAAGCCGUACAGUAAAGCAGUGGACUGCUGGUCUAUCGGCGUCAUCGCGUACAUACUCUUGUGCGGCUAUCCGCCAUUUUACGACGAGAACGAUGCCAAGCUCUUCGAGCAGAUCCUGAAAGCCGAGUACGAGUUCGACUCGCCGUACUGGGACGACAUCUCUGAUUCAGCUAAGGACUUCAUCGUGAACCUGAUGGAGAGAGACCCGAAAAGGCGCUACACGUGUGAACAAGCACUGCAGCAUCCCUGGAUUGCUGGUGAUACUGCACUGGACAAGAACAUCCACGAAUCUGUGAGCGCUCAGAUCAAGAAGAACUUCGCCAAGAGCAAAUGGAAGCAAGCGUUUAAUGCCACGGCGGUAGUCCGGCACAUGCGCCGCCUUCAGCUGGGUACCAGUCAAGAGGGGCAGAGUCAGCUGUCGCCCCACAGCCCCUGCAGCGAGCGCCUCCUGCUGCCUGAAGGAACCGAGGAGGAAGAGGACGAGCAAAGCACCUCUCAGAGGGACAAUAACGGGUGCUCCGAAAGCGCCGGCGAAGGGGAAGCGCGCGACGGAAUCCAGAACCGCGCCUUCUGCGUCCACCCGACCAGCCGGGUCUGAACCCGUCAAUUAUCCUGCUGCAACCAAUGACUUGACUGUCCCAUGUUUCUACUGGAGUCCUGCCUCACCCCCAGUCUGGCCAGGAAUAUUGAGUAACUCCAGUGCUUGGCCACUAGGUGGCACCAUAGUGUAAAGAAUUUGAGGUGGGAAAGGGGGUCGCUAUGCCAACAGAGGGUUUCUGUUUACAGAGAGGUGAGCUCUGCAAGAGGAAGGAGACAGAGAGAGAUAUGCAUGCCGCAGUUGCAUUAUGAGUAACGGAUCGAGAUUGGACAGUGUUUUAUCUUCUGUUUUACAAACUACAUGAUGUCUCAUCUUUCUGUCUUGGAAAAGUGGUUUUAGGUGUGUUUUUAGUUGUGAAAUGGGUCAUCCCAUCUUUUUAAGCUUGCACACUAAACACAGCUUCGAGUGCGAUCGGCAAACACACAUAAACACGCACAUUUAUCUGAUUCGGCUUAUUGAUGACGUGCUUCACCUAAAUUCAGCAAGCAAAAGUUGUGUUUUUUUUCUUUAAUAAUCCACCCAAAAGAAACCAGCAGAUAUUCCUCUCCUUUUGGGACAUUUCUAUAAAAUCUAGUCUAUAAAAGAUUCUAUAAAAAGUCUAUAAAAUAUUUCUUGGUGUAGCCAAAAAUUCCCACUAGGACAUGGACAUAUUUAGAAGCAUAUAUUACUAACACACACACACACACAAAUGGUCUAAUUGACAUUAUUUCAAACAUUUGUACAUAUAUGACUUUAUGUAUUAUUGUGCUGCAACACACCAAGUCUCGUUGUUUCAUGGAACUUUUCUUUUUUCACGCAUCAGACACAGUCUUCAGUGCCUUCGUGGUUGCAGAUGUUCGAGUUAUUAACACCUCGUGUUUAACUCUGAUCAUUGCCAUUAUGAUCUGUCUGGGCGUCGGAUGCUUUAAAUGUAAACACUGCAGCAGGGCUCUGUUUGUGUGUGUCUGCGUGUGUAUGUCUGCGUGUGUAUGUCUGUGUGUGUAUUUAAUGUCUGUUACCACUCAUGUAAACGUUUUUAUAUAAACCUGUUUCUUUUACUGAUGGUUUUACUCAGGGGAUGACGCUGUGCUAAGGAUUUGGGGAUUUAAAUAUAUGCUAGAGAAUUUAUUAUCUGACAGAUUAAUUGAAUAUAGAGUUAAUGUGGUUACCUGGGAAAAUCUGUCGCCGUGGCUUCACUAAAACUUUCAUGGUUAUCAUCCUGCAAAGAUCUUUACGUUCUGUAAAGAGAGAACAAAAAGCAUUCAUUUUUCCUAUAGAAAUGUAAGUGCUGUUGCUUCCAACACUGAAGGGUUGUAGAUCAUCCAAUUAAUCCGGUUUGUAAACAGCUGUUAAAAUGCUUCUGUGCCCCUUUUACACUUUUUUUUUAUGGUAAACUGACUCUAUAACUGCUCUGACUUUACUUCUGAUUGAGACUAGGGUUCUUAGUGACACGUUUUUUAAAAAUAUUUAUAUCUACACCCUCAAUCUAAGUAACUACAGCACGAUAAAUACAUACGGUAUCCGUCUUAAAACAAUGUUUGUAUGAUUUCUUUUUGUUUCAAACCCUCCUAAUCCCUAAACCCCAACAGAGUAACCUAUUUCUAUGAAGUCUUCAGAGCUAUACAGUAAAUAGUGUGUAAGAUUAUCCCAGGUUACCACAUGUAUAUUUAGACAGAAGAAAGGAUCUUUUUCCUUGACAUGGGGGUCCGUUGUAAUAUUUCUAACUUUGGUACUGCACCACUGAACCAAUCCAAAAAAAACCCCAUAUAUAUAUAUUAAAAAAAAAAGGCAUUAAAGAAAUUUUAUUGUA